GCGUGGCUGCGGGGCGGCAGCAACGCCGAGUUGUGGUGUACAGUGGGACGCGAUGGCCUCGUGGGCUGAGCGGCUGGCGGGCGUGCGGGGGGUGCUGCUUGACAUCUCCGGCGUGCUGUAUGACAGCGGCGCAGACGGCGGAACCGCCAUUGCGGGCUCUGUGGAGGCGGUGGCGAGACUGAAGCGGUCCACGCUGAAGGUGAGAUUCUGUACCAAUGAGUCCCAGAAGUCCCGGAGAGAGCUGGUGGGGCUGCUUCAGCGGCUGGGAUUUGACAUCUCCGAAGGAGAGGUGACUGCCCCUGCACCAGCCACCUGCCAGCUCCUGAAGGAGCGAGGCCUGCGGCCACACCUGCUCAUCCAUGACGGAGUCCGCUCAGAAUUUGGUGACAUUGACAUGUCCAACCCAAACUGUGUGGUGAUUGGGGAUGCCGGUGAAGGCUUUUCCUAUCAGAACAUGAACAGAGCCUUCCAAGUGCUAAUGGAGCUGGAAAACCCUGUGCUUAUAUCACUGGGGAAAGGGCGCUACUACAAGGAGACCUCUGGCCUGAUGUUGGAUGUUGGAUGCUACAUGAAGGCUCUCGAGUAUGCCUGUGGGAUCGAGGCUGAAGUGGUGGGGAAACCCUCCCCUGAGUUCUUCAGGUCUGCCCUACAAUCCAUAGGUCUGGAAGCCUACCAGGCCAUCAUGAUUGGCGAUGACAUCGUGGGUGACGUUGGCGGUGCCCAGCAGUGUGGAAUGAGAGCGCUGCAGGUGCGGACGGGGAAGUUCAGGCCUGGUGACGAGCAUCAUCCAGAAGUGAAGGCAGAUGGGUACGUGGACAACCUCGCAGAGGCCGUAGAGCUGCUGCUGCAGCACAUGGACAAGUGACGGGCCUUCAGACACAGUGGACAAGUGCAGCCCCUGCCCCCACACCUCCUUCUACCACUGUGCCUUCCUCCCUGCACUUCCAGGCCUGAGGCUACCCGAGGCUUUGCUAGCCCUGCCCUCUGCCCACUGCUGGCCUGGGAAGGUGCUGGCAGUUCUAGAGUGAGCCAUCCCCUUCCUCACCCUCCCUGUACAGACUCCCUGUCAGCAUUCCUCCCUCUGCAGCCUCUGGGCAGAGGCUUGUUCCCUCCCUAUAUGGCCUGCACCCCUCCCAUGACAUGUUUCCCAUAGAGACAUCCAGGAGGGUAGAAGAGACCUGCCAGGCCCUCCAGAAAAAAAGAAACCAUCAGGCAUGACUGUCUGAGUCCGUGAAUUCCUUUAGUCGCUAUUGGCACUUGGUCCUUUAACUGGGACCAUCCAAUUGGAGGAGACAUGUUGCCUCCUCAUUGAACUUUCUGACGUGGGUGAGGAGUCUACAGAAAACCCAGGGGCCUGCCCUGAACAGCCUAGGAAGCCCAUCGCUGAGCCAGCCUGCCCACCACCCACAGCCAUUCCUGGCCCCAGGCAGGGUGACUGAUCAACACUCUGCCCCUUACCCCUGCCCCAAGAAACAAUGCCAGCCCACUCUUCUUCCUGUCCCCACCAGUUUCCCAGACAUGGUCUGGGGUAGUCCCUGAGGCUCUCUCAGGAAAUGGAAGACUUACUUCCCACGGAGCAGAUAUGUCCAUCUCUACAAUCAAGGCUGCAGGAACAGAAAGGACCACGGAGGCAGGAGGGACAGGCUUGACUGUUACUCCCAGUGCACACAACAGGCUAACGGCUCAAUAAACUCGGCCUCAACAGCCCA